AUGGUAUUUUUGGGAUUUCACAGCCUUGCAGAGGUAAAUGUUUACAUCACAUUUGUCCUGUUAGGCAUGGCUAUCAUGAUGGUUUUGGGUAUCAUGCUUAGCGCUCCGUCUUUUGUUUCUUUGUUCUACAUUUAUGCAACUGGCAAACCCGACGCAGUAUGUGAGAAGCCUUGGUUUUGGAACAACGCACUUACCUUCUUUUUCGCAGUCUUGUACUCAGUACAAUUCACUUGUGAGUCUUUGACGUUGACCAAUUUUAUACGUCGCAUUCCUCUCCUUCUCCGUCUCUUGGUUGGUUUAUCCAUUCCAUUUAUUGAGCUGCUCAUCCUUUAUAUUGUUCCCAUCAUCAAGCUUCGCACGCAAGAUGGUGCCAUUGCAGUGAUAAUAAUCAUGGCAAUUUUUGGUGGAUUUUCAAAGGCUGUUAUUGAUACGACCACAAAUGCUAUUGUGGGACCUUUUCCCACAAAAUUUGUCAAUGGCGAGCAAUGGGGUAUAUCAAUAUCUCCGCUUCUGAUGUCGAUCGUUCAGAUUAUUCUGAAGUAUUCCAUGUCUGAUAGCUUCGAGGAUGUCUUGAAGCAGUGUCACAUUUACCUUGGCAUUGGCAUGUUCUUUCAGUUGUUAACGGUGAUUGAGAUAUUGAUUUUAUACAAAAAUCCGUUUGCACAAAAGUACAAUGCCGAAUUCCGUUACAAGGCGGAACAUAAAUCAAAUGAAAAUUUUGAAAACGAACAGAACGCACUCCAUAAUCCUAAGGAGAAAGAUCCGAAUUCUGAAAAGUCUUCUUCAAUGUUAAACGACCAUAAUGUUAACCCUCAGUUCAUUGAUAACAUGAAUGUCUCAACUGACAAUAAUUCCAUAAUAGGGCAUGAUCCCAAAAAAGCUUCGCAGGGGAAUGAGGGUAUGAAUCAAGCGGAGGGUUUUAACACUGAUCAUACCUCUAGGCAUCACCACGGUCUCAGCACAGCAAUAUUGAGGGCUGUUGGCGAUGCAGACAAAAUGGUAGACGUCGAUCAAGUGAAGAACAUAAAAUCGACUGAUCAGAUGCUCAGAGUGAGUGUUAUAGGCGUGGCUAAGAGAGUGUGGCCAAUGCUACUUUGUACCUUUUUCACAUACUACUUGAGUCUCCUUUUGUUUCCAGGCCUUUUCUUCAAAGCUGACGUGGGUAAUAAUCCUUGGUAUUUCACACUUGUAGUCUUUCUGUUUAAUUUUGGAGACUUUCUAGGGCGUAUACUGUUGAUGCACCGCCCUUUUCGUCCGUCCCCGAAGGCUGUGCUAAUCGGAGCCAUCGGACGAUCUGGUUUUAUUCCGUUACUGAUACUGUGCGCCAAUCAUGUUAUUAAAGGAUCUACCGUACCCUACAUUCUGUCUCUACUCGUUUCUAUGUCAAAUGGGUACUUUGGUACGAUGGCGAGCAUGUAUUCUCCACGUACUCCGACUCUAACCAAAGCUGGGGAGCGCUCACUAGCAGGUAUUUUGUCUGGGAUUUUCCUAAUGCUUGGUUUGUGUGCUGGCUCUAACUCAGCACUGCUGUUGAACCUUAUAUUUUGGCCUAAAUAA